AUGCUGCCGCUGCCGCUGCUCGCGACGAGUCUCGCCACGCUCGUGUGCGCCGUCUCCGCGAGGCCGUCUCUCAACUACCUGGAGAAUCCCUUCGGCGUCGAGAGCGAGUCGGAAGAAGUGCGCUCCGAGGCCAUCAAGAGACUUCUGGAGGUGUUCGGGAUGGAGGACCCUCCUCUCCCGCGGGGCCACAAGCAGCCUCCACAGUACAUGCUUGACCUGUACAACACGGUGGCCGAUGUGGACGGCGUCACCAAGGACCCCUACCUGUUGGAAGGCAACACCGUCCGCAGCUUCUUUGACAAAUUGCGCAGUGAGCAGGUUGAGUUCCGGUUCAACUUGUCCACGGUGGGCAGAUCUGAGAAGGUCCUCACCGCAGAGCUCCAUUUGUUCAAGCUGCGUUCACAGACGUCAGCGGCGCUCAACAGGCAUCAUUUCUGCCAGGUCAGUGUGUAUCAGCUGCUUGACAGCAGCAAAAUGAACGUCACGCAGGGGAAGAAGCUGCUGUCUUCUCGUCUGAUUCCCAUCCACUCCAGUGGCUGGGAGGUGUUUACCAUCACGCAAGCAGUGCGCUCCUGGAUGUUGGAUGAGGGCAGCAACUUGGGGCUCCAGGUGGUAGUUAGAUCCCUGGCAGGGACCCAGAUGGAUAUGAAACUGGUUCGCUUUGCCUCGGGACGCAACCAUCACCAGAGCAAGCAGCCCAUGUUGGUCCUGUUCACUGACGAUGGUCGUCACUCUGCGACUCUUGAGAGCAAAGAACUCAGUGAUGCCCCAGCCUCUCCCGGUCUGCCCCAUCUUCCCAGUGCAGGCCUUGCCUCCCGCAGCGCCCGGUCCCUGGACUAUAGCGAGGACUACAGUGCGUCACUGCCCUGCCAGCGGCUGCCCCUCUACGUGGACUUUGAGGAGAUCGGCUGGUCGGGCUGGAUUGUGUCCCCGCGGGGUUACAACGCCUACCACUGCAAGGGCUCCUGCCCCUUCCCCCUGGGCCAGAACAUGAGGCCGACCAACCACGCCACCGUCCAGUCCAUCAUCAACGCCCUGAAGCUGACCAAGGGCAUCGAGACGCCGUGCUGCGUGCCGGACAAGCUCUUCUCCAUCAACCUGCUCUACUUUGAUGAUGAAGAGAACGUGGUGCUCAAACAGUAUAACGACAUGGUGGCUGGGAGCUGUGGUUGCCAUUGAGGGGGAUUGGGGGUGUUAGACUGCUAACUAGAGACAAUGGUUAAAUAACACACUUUUGCUUUGAAAAGUCCACCAUAAAUACCAUUCAUGUGGUUUUGUGUAUUUGUUUGUAGGAAUGCCCACAUAAGACAGACAGGUAUCUCCUGGAGGUCACUGGCAAUGAUGGCGCAGUGUGCUAUGUCCAUCAAGGGGCUUUGUCUCUGUAAUAUAUGUAAAUAAGUAUAAAUUAUAAUAUAUGGCAGCAAAGAAAGUGAUAUCCCGUAAGAGAUGUAAAUGUGUAUAUUUAAUGUCUUCUGUUGUGAACCAC